GCGCGGACACGCACGCACACGCGCGCUCCCCGCGGGUUCGAGCCCCGCCGCCCCGGUCCGCCCGAGGGCGCCCCCGGGCGCGUGCUCUAAGCAGAGCCGCACCUCCCGGCUUGCCGCCCGCCCCCUGAUUCCCGCCGCCGCCGCCCGGAGGAGAAAGGAAGCGGGAGCCUCCGCUCCAGAUCCCCCGGCGCGGGCGCUGCGGAGAGCUGCGGGCUUGGGGAGGAGGAGGAGAACGCGGUGAAUGAGUGCCCGCCUCGCCUCCGAGUUGUGUGAGUUGGCGGCGCCGCGCCCCGGCUUCCGGCUCUCGGCGCCCCACGCGCUCGCGGCUCCCUCGGCUGCAGCCCACGCCCGCGCCAGGAGCCCCAGCUCACCGCUCCGGCGGAGCCGAGGCUCCCGAGCUCCCGGCCCGGCCCCGGUCCAGCGGAAAGCAGGGGUGUCCCCUGGCAGAGGCGCACGGCCGCGCGCUCUCCCGCUAGCUCCGUGGCCCUUCGGUCUCUCCAUGGCCUCGCAUCAGCAAUCCCGGAUCCAGGCUUACCUGGAGAAGAACAGGAUCGGUCCGCUGUUUGAGGAAUUAAUGACCAAGUUAAUAACUGAGACACCUGACCAGCCAAUCCCAUUUCUCAUUGACCAUCUUCAGUCAAAACAAGGAAACCGUGGGCAACUUCAAAGAACCUUAUCUGGAUCUGCAGCUCUCUGGGCAGAAAGUGAAGCAUUAGAACAUAAAGGAACAAGAAGAGAUUUCAGAAACUAUGAUAAACCCUGGCAGUUAAGUGCAAAGAAGCCUAAAAAGUCAAAAAGUGACCUUGCUGUGUCUAAUAUUUAUCCACCAUCUCCAGAAUCAAAAUCAUUGCCAAGGUCAGUAGAUCAUCCUAAGUGGAACUGGCGGACUAAACCAGAAAGCCGUGAUUUUGAUGAAUUGAACCACAUCCUUCAAGAGAGCAAGAAACUGGGAAAAGCCCUUGAGAAUCUCUCUCGAAGUAUUGCAAUUUCAGAUGAACUCGAUAAGGAAACCAUGGCAUUUAGUUCUUCUCUUCUGAGACCUCGUGUGAUUGGCGAGUGGAUUGGUCGAGAAGAGAAUGAUGCUGACCCAUUGGCCGCUGAAAUGCUACAGCCCCCAGUUCCCAGAAGUAAAAAUGAACAAUGGGAAAAUGAAGACAGUAGCUCUAGCCCUGCAGGAAGCUUAAAGGUGGAGCUCAAGACUAAAGGAUUAAAACAGCAGCAACAGCAACAUAAGAAACUUCUGGCAGCCAUGCUUUCUCAAGAUUCUUUUGAGUCUGUCCAUAGUCCCACCCCAUCUGUAACAGAAGAAGAUAUUGAUAAUGAAGAUGAUGCAAUGGAAUUGCUGGAGGAUCUUGAUGAUUUAAGAAUGGAGGGAGUAACUACCCUGACACCUUCUGGGAGCAAAUUUAACCAAGGUCGAGCUACUUACUCUGCUGAACCUCAGGCCAAAGUCACAUUGAACAUCUGUUCAAGGUGUGCCAGGCUUCAAGGAGAUAACCUGGCAGAAAGGACAGAAGAGACUUCACAAAUACUUCAAUCUCCAGAUGAAAUAGUCCCAGAUUCUUUGGAUUCUUUACCUGAGAAUGAAGAAGCACUAAUGGAAGAGAGUGAAGAAUUUGAGAAAGCAUCUAAAUUAACAGGACCUGGAGAAGCGGUCAGUGGAGGACAGUCAUUGAAAAACUACAUGGAAGAAGAUGACUCUUUAAAGCAACUGCAGGUGGUUCAUCAACCGUGGAUUUUGCCAAGUGACACAGAAAGUGAAGGGGUAGAAGCAGAACAAGAGAAACGUUCUGCGGAUCUUCUUCUUUGCGUUCCGUGCUCUUCUUGUCCUGCACUGGUCUACUCUGGUCUGUGAAGCAGGCAGAAGAAGUUACAAGUGGUCCUUAAAGAAAUGGCAAUUAAUCAAUCCUUAUGUAUAGUUCUAAUUUUAUUUACUACGUGUAAUCAUUUAGAGAAUGAUUAUUUUUAUAAUAUCAAUAAUAAACAAGUACUCUUGUAACCAGGGGGUGCCUAAGUGUGUAAUCAACAAAACACUAACCCUGGCAAAGGAUUCUGGGGUGGCCAGGCUGCCUGCUGCCUUUUGACAUGGUUAGUGUCCUGGGUUUAGAUUACUUUAUACCUAGUUAUUAAGAUUACUAUUUGAUACAUUAAAUAUUGCCUGAUUCAAAUGACUUUGCUUAAAAUUUUUCUGUAUUUUAACUUGUCUAGGGUUUUCUACUUCUUAUAUUUUUAUAAUGUUUUCUCAUUUUUUAGAUUAAUAAACAUACUUACCCACACGUGCCAAGAUAAGCCAUUUAGGUCUCUACGGGAGUUAGCUAUCGUGUCAUCACCCACCAUAUGUGUUUUUGUGCAGCAGCAAGAGGCGUGUUCACCACCACUGCCCCUUCCUCUGAUUAUCCUCCCUAUUCCUACCAAAACAAAUAAUUGAUAUCUUAAUUCCAUAAAGUAAAUCAAUAAGGAAUGAAAUGCAUGGCCCAAAGCAUAUGCAAUGAAAAUUGUUUGACCGUUUAUCCAAUCAUUGAACCCAAUUAAGAUUAUCCAUUUUAAAUUUGAUAUAUGCCCGCUUUUGGAAUGUGUUAUGCAUUGAUGCUACUAAGUGAAUGGAACUAAGUACAUUUUAUUUAGCUUAUCGUCUGUUUUAUCUGACUUGUUGUAAUCUAAGUUUACUUUCUGGACCUUUAAGGCAUACAGUUAAAUUAUAAAACUGCGUAUACAACUGUCAAAGAAACAAACAUUAAAGGCCAGAACAUGACUAAAGAAUAAACAAAGAAAUUCUGAUUGUA